UAAAUUUUUUUUUUUAUAAAAAAGCCAAAAAUCCAUACAACGCUAUAAAUUGCUCGAAUGGCCUUUGGAACAAUACCUCUACGUUUGAAAAUUUUCCCGAUAAUAUAACGGCCAUAAUAUUUGAUAAUAUCACAAAAUUAAUUUUUCAAGAUUAUACAUUUUCUAAGUAUUGUCGAACCAUCACAAAUGUGACUUAUAGAAGAUUGGAAUUAGAUUAUAAGGAUUUCACAUACAGACCUUUCUUGUGUGAAAAUCAAAAUGAUACUGCCGCACUUAAACAUGUAUCUAAUUUUAAAGUGACAACAUCUUUUAUAGAACCUAAUCAUUUAAUCCAAUUUCCGCAUCUUGAAACGGUCAUUUUUAAUCUCGGAAAUACUAACUAUUUAACCUUUGGCAUAGUGAGCUAUUGUCAUAAAUUAACCCAUAUCGACUUUUCUAUCAAUAUAUUUAGAAAAAUAAAAGAGAAUACCUUUAAUUACAUGGAUUCUUUGGAGACUUUGAACUUAAGCUUUAAUCUACUAUAUGAAAUCUCAAGUUCGGCAUUCAAAGAGUUACCCAAAUUAUGCACACUUGAUUUGAGUUUCAAUAAAUUAACUUAUUUAUAUCCAGGAACCUUUGACAGAUUAAAAAGUUUGAAGAACUUGAUUCUCACUUAUAAUAAUUUCGUUCAUCUUGAUCAUACAGUCGUUCCACGAAGUUUGGGUGAUAUCCUAGAAUCUUUGAGUAUGGAUUUUAAUGACAUAACAUCAGUACCGGCCAUGGCUUAUUUAAAUAAAUUACAACUUUUAGAUAUAAGAGGCAACGUUGAAUUUGGUGAUCUAGUUUUUCCCUGUAAUUUAGAUAACCUUAAAACAAAUUUAGUGAUCAAAAUGAAUGGAAGCUUAUGUGAUUGUAUGUUAAGUCCCUUAAAAACGUGGCUAUCAAGAACUAAUCCUACAUUUACCGCAUUUCUGAAAUGUUAUGAUUCAACAAAUAACUCCAUUUUUGUCCAAGAAUUUCGAAAUAACAAAUGCUAUUGCAAUCAUCCCAUUAAUAUGACAUUGGCAGAAUUUUCAAAAUUCUGUAAAUUUAUAAAAAAUAACAUCAAAAAGAAUAUCAGUGAUUUUAUAAGAUUACAAAACAUUUCUUCGGUAGUUAAUUAUUCCUUAUUUUGUGCCAACUUAGAUUUUUCGAGUUUGCAAAAACAUUUAGCUCUUCACGUAUAUGGCAAAUGGAGCAAUCGUUCAAAUCAAAUUUUGAAAUCCUUCAUUUUUUACAACAUCAAUUUCACUUCAAAUGAUAUUACCAUACAAAGUAUAUUUCCAGUCAAUAUGUCCAAUAAAUCAGAGUUUUAUUAUCCACAGUCAAUAAGAUUUGUUAAUUGUGACUUAAAAGAUACCACUCGGGUAUCUUAUACAUUUUUUGGAAAAUUAUUACAUUUGGAUUUAAGUUUUAACCUAAUAAAGGCUCUCCACGCUAGAAGCUUCUCGGCUCAACCUAAUUUAUUGACUUUAAAUUUGUCGAGCAAUCAAUUCAAAAUAUUAAGAGAUUCGGAUUUUUCGAAUCUAAUAUCCUUGACCAGUUUAUAUUUACAUGCAAAUAUGAUUACUUCUAUACAAGAAAAGGCAUUCGCUGCCCUAACAAACCUUACAGAGCUAACGCUUCAUAGUAAUAGUUUAAAAACUUUUGAUGAUACAGAUUUACCAAUUUCAGUUAAAUUUUUAUACCUGCAUGAUAAUUUCUUAACUUCCAUUUCACGGAAAUAUUUAAGUCGAGGUAUGAGUAUUUUAACUUUUACUGGCAAUCCUAUAAAAUGUAAAUGCCACUACAAAGAAUUAUAUUCACUUACAAAAACUAAUUAUGGAAGAUUUUUAACAGGGGACAGUCCAUUCAAUUCUGAGCAAAUAAAUAACUUGAUAAUAGAUGGAGUUUGUAUUGAUGAUUCUAUUCAAAUCACGUUUGUAAAAUGGAGCUGUAAUAAAGAAAAAAGUGAUGAAGAAUAUUUAUCUUCGAAUGCUUCCGUCGAAAAUGAGGUGGGAAAACAGAAUGCUUCCGUCGAAAAUGAGGUGGAAAAACAGAACACUUCCCUGAGUCCAGAGUUACUAGCUGGUAAAUCAGAAUUGGACAAACUACUAAUUUUUUUAAUCGUGUGGUCAAUGAAAUAUAGAUCUGCACUCAGACAGAAUUCACUCAUUGCAGAAGUCAAUAGAGUUUCUGAAGAAGAAAAGAAAAAUGUUAAAGGAAGCACUAAACAAUUUUAUGAUGCAUCAAAAGGAGGAUCUACCAAGCAUACCGUCGAUGACGAAAUGUAUUACGAAAUAGACAGUGUUUAUACAAAGAAUGAAGGUGGUGUUUACAGUUCGGAUAACGACACAUCUAAGAUGGCAUCCUCUACAAGUAAAUCAUCGAGUCGUAAUACUUCAUACACCGCAAAAAGUGUUGCCCCAAGCGAGAAUAUGAAUGAUAGCCUUUACGAUCCUACUAACACAUACAAUUUACCUGCCCUCUUAAAUAUUAAAGAAACGUUUGAUUAUGCCGACUUCAUGGAACAAGACGAAUCAGAAAUAGAAAGAAUGUUCUCGGCCAAAACAGAAACAAAAAUUAACAAAUAGAAAUAGAUUGUGACCAAAAAAAAUAUGUAAUGUUGGUUAACAGGCUCUAGAGAAUGAUGAAUUUAAAAAUUCGUGAAAUCAAAAAGAAUUUUUGAAUUAUAAUUUAGUUAUUAAAAAUUAAUUCUAAUAUUACUUAAAUAUACUCUGAAAAUAUUAUCUCUUUGUUUGUUCUUUAUUUAGGUAUUUAA